AUGUUCUGCUACAUGUUGUCGGCCGCCCAGGCCAUCCUAAGGCAGCAGGCCCUCCUAGAGAACUCUCAAUCAGGACAGAAUUGUGAGGGUCCGAGCCUGCAGGACAGUCUCCGGGCAUCGACCGACUCGAAAGACAACGAAGAAGACGAAGAAGAGCUCUCCGUCGACGAUGAGGGAGACAAACGCGACGAGAGCUCCAAUCAAGCGAGCGCGCGGCAGAAAGACGGCGAAGCUUCCAACUCCGAGGCUCCUCAUGAGGAAACUGAGGAUGAAGCAAAUGACGCCAACAACAAAUGGAAGGCUUCGGAGAAAGAUCUCAAGUUCUCGAUCGAGAAAAUUCUCUCGCCGGCGUUCGGGAACGACUUCUGGGCGCAGUUCCCGUUCUCGAGACCCGAGAUGGAGCUGCUCCAGCUGCAGAGCCUCGCUGGGAACCUUCAGCGAUUGCAACAGCUUCACCUAGAGCAAGCGAAGGCCGUGCAGGGCUCCAGCAGUCAAAUGCAAACCAUGCAGAGCCUCGCCAGUCUGCAGAGCUGCCUCAAAGCGAUGCCGCAAAAUGUCGGUCUUGGCUUGCGUCAGCAGGAGAACCUCCCGAUCGCCGCCUCUGCGGGACUCAACAACCUGCAGCUGUCCGCGCUGCAAUCCAUGCAACACUUGCACAACCUGCAGCUCAUGCAGGGUCGCAAAUCGCCAGAGAACAGGAAGCGCCGACGAAGCUCGGACGAGGCGUCUCCUUCGAGAACUCCGGAAUCGUCGUCGUUGCCCCCGGCGAGAAUUCCUCGACUUGUAGAAAGACAGGAGGACAGUGAGAGUCAGGACACCAUUCACGAAGACAGACUCAAAGGGCCGCAGAGCGACGAGGCUGCGGCAGGAUCUUCGGAGGAAGGAGCGAUCGGGCCCGACAAACGAGGACUUUGGCCCGCGUGGGUCUAUUGCACGAGAUACUCAGAUCGGCCCUCAAGCGGACCCCGAUCGAAAAGGACGAAACGCAAGGAGAAGUCCGAUGAGAAGAGGCCGCGAACGGCAUUCACUGCGGACCAACUCCAACGUCUCAAGAAAGAGUUCCAGGAGAAUAAAUACCUUACCGAAAAACGUCGUCAGGAUCUCGCAUCUGAGCUCGGGCUCAACGAGUCUCAGAUAAAAAUCUGGUUCCAAAAUAAGCGAGCCAAACUGAAGAAAUCCACUGGAAGGCCGAACCCUCUGGCCCUCGAGCUUAUGGCACAAGGACUCUAUAAUCACUCAACUGUCGGACCUGACGGUGAACUUGUCCACGACGAUAUGGACGACGGACGGUGAACGGAUUCUCCAGUAGGGAACAGCUGCGAAUCGAGCGAUUGUGGAGAAGGAAAACUUUGAGCGUCAAGGAACACAAGCGUAUGAAUAAACGUGUAUGAAAAUAAAAACGAUAAAUUUUGCAAU